CCCUCUCUGGCUUGCUCCCUCCCAGCUCUGCAUGCCCUGAGGCGUCUUUGUUGUGGGGGAGACUUUGUCUCUGGCUUAUUUUAUGUUGCUGUCAUUAACCCUCGGCCUGUUAAUGUCUGCUUUUUCACCUGCUUGGUUGAUUGGGUUCUUCCCCUUGCCUCCCCCCCCCCCCCCCCUGCCCCCCCACCAUCUUUUAUCAUCUUGGAGAAGGUGGGAUGCUCCUUGGAGGUUAAAGGUAACUUGGGAAUAGUUUCUGGAGCAGGUGUGUGGGAUUAGGGCUCUUUGAGCCUCCAGUUUGAACGCCUGGUGGUAGUCUCAGACUAGGAAAGGUUAAAUAAAACCAAACCUUCAAGUCUUGCCCCCUGGGCAUCUAUUCCCAAAAGACCAGUAGACCACUAAGCAGUUUGUGAUUUUUUUUUUUUUUUUUUUUUAGUUCAUCGGUUCCUUUUGGUUUGGCAGUAGGGAAUUUGGGUUAAGAGAAAAGGAGCUUUAGUUACAAGGAUUGAGGUUAUUUUUUUCAAUGGAACUCACUGUAAGGGAUGUGAGGUUCACCAAACACAUGAGUGAUCAGGACAUUCUGCCCCUGUUCUCUCUUAAAAAUCCACUGGACACAACUGUAUUCAGUGGGCCAUUGAGAGCAGACAGCUGGUGCUAGGUGCUGGAGAAAACAGGUGAAAGAAGCAGGCUAGGAUGUGGCAGCAUUCCAAAUGCUCAACUGAGGUGGAGGUUCGUUCUAAAUGGAUUCUGGGCUGGAGAGGGUGGCAUUUGAAGUUGGUUUGAGGAUUUGAAGUGGGGAGCAUUCAUCCAUAUUGUGAGUAGGGGACCCAGGCAGAGGGUGUGGUCACAGGUAACCACCAGGACUAUGAGCUCACAGAGUACUUUCCAGAAAGAAGGGGAGCCUGGGAUGCACCUGGACUAGGAGAUGACCUCCUCUGGACAUGAUGUUGGCACUUCCUCCUUAAUUAACUUCCUUGGGGAACAUCUCCCAGGCCAGAGGAGUACAACUGGAAGGAGGCCAGGCGCCCAAAGACUGCGCCGCUCCCGUUACACCGUCUGCUGAUGACACCGUGUCACCUGGCAAUGUCCCUUCCCCCAGUGCUAGUCCCCCCCGUGUCACUAGCAUGGCAUCAAUUCAGAACCAUGAUGCCGACAACAGUUCUGGUCUCAUUGACGAAAGCACAUCCUUUACAUCUACUGAGAGCCUGCGACAGCUGUCUCAGCAGCUCAACGGCCUUGUGUCCGAGUCUUCGUCUUACAUCAAUGGGGAGGGCCUAGCAUCUCCUGCUAACAUAAAGAAUCUGGAGAGCCGGUACCAAGAACUAUCAGUAGCCCUGGACUCCAGCAAUCUAACAAACAAACAACUCAGUAGCAAGAUAGAGGAAUUGAAACAAGAGAACCAGGAAACUUUGGAUCAACUGGAAAAAGAAAAGAAGGAAUUUGAGCAGAAGCUAGCAAAGGAACAAGGGGCUCUGAGAGAACAACUGCAGGUCCACAUUCAGACUAUCGGGAUUCUGGUGUCAGAGAAGACGGAGUUACAGACAGCUCUGGCUCACACCCAGCAGGCAGCCAGGCAGAAAGCAGGGGAGUCAGAGGAUCUUGCUAACCGCCUGCAGUCUUCCAGGCAGCGUGUGGGAGAGCUGGAGCGGACGCUGUCUGCCGUCUCCACACAGCAGAAACAGGCCGACAGGUACAACAAAGAAUUAACCAGAGAGCGAGAUGCCCUCAAGCUGGAAUUAUACAAGAACAAUAAGAGCAACGAGGACCUGAAGCAGCAAAACUCAGAGCUGGAGGAGAAGCUGCGGCUCCUGGUGAUAGAGAAGUCAGCCAUGCAGCUGGGCAUGGAGGAGCUGCAGAAGAAGCUGGAGAUGUCGGAGCUGCUGCUGCAGCAGUUUUCUAGUCAACCUGCCUCUGAUAGCAGCCAGCAGUUACAGCAGGCCCUGGAGGAGAGGGCACAGCUGGAGACCCAUGUGGAGCAGCUGAAGGAUUCGCUGAAGCAGCUGCAGGCAGAGAGAGACCAGUAUGUGAUGAAUCUGAAGGAGGAGAAUGCCAUAUGGCAGCAGAAGAUGCAACAGGUGUUGCAACAGAUGAGCAAGUUGAAGGAAGAAAAGGAGCGCAGUGUGAGUCAGGCUCAGGAGCUAGAGACCAGCUUGGCCGAACUGAGGAACCAGAUUGCUGCGCCCCAGCCCCAGGAGCCCCCAGCGGGGCCCUCAGAGGCAGAACAGUGGCUGCAGGCGGAGACUGAGCGACUCCAGAAGGAACUGGAGAGCCUGGCCGGGCAGCUGCAGGCUCAGGUGAAGGACAACGAAAGUCUGAGUCACCUGAAUCAGGAGCAGGAGCAGCGGCUGCUGGAGCUGGAGCGGGAGGCCGAGUGCUGGGGGGAGCAGGCGGAGGAGCGCAAGCAGAUUCUGGAGAGCAUGCAGAGCGACCGCACCACCAUCAGCCGGGCACUCUCCCAGAACCGCGAGCUCAAGGAGCAGCUGGCUGAGCUGCAGAAUGGAUUCGUCAGGCUGUCCAAUGAGAACAUGGAGAUUACCAGUGCGCUACAGUCCGAGCAGCAUAUCAAGAAGGAGCUGACCAAGAAGCUGGGCCAGCUGCAGGAGAAGCUGGGGGAGCUGAAGGAGACGGUGGAGGUGAAGGGCCAGGAGGUUCAAGAUGUGCAGCAGCAGCGGGACGUGUACCUGAACCACCUGCAGCAGUAUGUGGCUGCCUACCAGCAGCAUGUGGCCGCCUACCAGCAGCUGGCCUUGGAGAAGGAGGUGCUGCACAAGCAGGUGUUACUGCAGACCCAGCUCUUGGACCGGCUGCAGCGCGAGGAAGUCCAGGGCAAGGUGGCGAUGGAGGUGGCCCGCCAGGAGUUACAGGAGACCCAGGAGCGCCUGGAAGCUGCCAACCAGCAGAACCAGCAGCUUCAGGCCCAGCUGACCCUCAUGGCUGUGCCUGGGGAAGCAGGAGAUGGACUGGACAGUGAGAAGCAGGAUGAGGAGGCCCCGAGGCCUAAGCUGAGCGUGCCAGAGGAGCUGGAGAGCCGAGAGGCCCUGGUGGAAUUUUUCCACUCGGCCUUGGCCAGCGCUGAGGAUGAGCAGGCCCGGCUACGCGGGCAGCUGAAGGAGCAGAAGCUGCGCUGCCAGCGCCUUAGUCACCUGGCGGCUGCAGCCCAGGACGGGGUGGAAAAGGAGACCCCUGCCCCCAGGAUUGGGGGAGACAGUGUGCCCGCGGAGGCCCACCAGGCCCUCCAGGUGGCCAUGGACAAGCUGCAGGGCCGCUUUACGGAGCUCAUGCAGGAGAAAGUGGAUCUGAAGGAGCGGGUAGAGGAGCUGGAGCAUCGCUGUAUCCAGCUGUCUGGAGAGACAGACACUAUUGGAGAGUAUAUCGCCCUCUAUCAGAGUCAGAGGGCGGUGCUGAAGGCCCGGCAUCAGCAGAAGGAGGAGUACAUUAGCCGGCUGGCUCAGGACAAGGAGGAGAUGAAGGUGAAGCUGUUGGAGCUCCAAGAGCUGGUUUUAUGCCUGGUGAGUGAGCGAAAUGAAUGGUAUGGCAAAUUCCUGGCUGCCCAGAACCCUGCUGGUGGGCCCACUACAGCACCCCCCACCUACCAGGAGCCCGGCACUGCCGAUAAUGAGGGUGGUCUCCAAGAGGUAAGCCUCGCCGACAAUGUGGAGUCCCCCCAGGGGGCCCUGCCAGGCCAGGCCACCCCUGAGAACCCCACCGCACAACAGAUCAUGCAGCUGCUGCGUGAGAUCCAGAACCCCCAGGAGCACCCAGGCUUGGGCAGCAACCCUUGCAUCCCCUUCUUCUACCGAGCGGAUGACAACGACGAAGUGAAGAUCAUGGUGAUCUAGUGGCCUGACACUGGCAGGCAGAGAAACUAUAGACAUGGGGCCGGGGGCUUUGCCCCCACCCAUCCCUGCCUCCCCGUCCCUCCUUCCUGGCCCCCCCUUAUCCCUAGACUAGCACGCUGAAACCCUUCAAGAAAGGGGUAUAAGCCCCCCAUCCAAUGAGGGGAGACAAACAGGUGCAGACCCCUUGCCAUCUUGGUCAGGGCUGUGUCUUGAUCUCUGGACUGUUAAUAGUUCCAGAGAAACAAAGAGCCAGAGGCUCAAUUAAAGGCAGUUUAUUUAAGAGGCAGGCCUUUUUGGGGAGCAGGGGCUCCCUGGUGGCCUCCUCACCCCUACCAAGCAGUCCUUUCAGAGGGGCUUAUGCAUCCUCUAUUCAGAGGCACUUUGGGGCCAAGUGCCCCCUCCUUGCCCAGCUUGACAACUGGGCAGCACUCUCACAGGCCUUGAGACAGUUGGGCAAAUUGAGGCCAGGCAAGGACAUACGCUGAUGGCGGAGUGGGUUCCCUCCCCAGUGUUCAUACUGUAACUGUGUAACAUUUUGUAUAUUCUGGAGGUAGGGCAGCCCCCCGUAUCUCAGUGGAGGUUGGAGCUGGUGAAUGGGGAGAAACUUCUAUUAAAUAUUUGGGGCUGGGGAAACUUAUUUAUUAAUAGUAUAGGGUGAGAGAGAAGGUGGAGGCGGGGACGGGUUUGUGCCCGGGUGAUUCGACUCCUGUUUCGUUUCACUUUUUAUUUCUGAAUAAAUGAAUUUAGCCAUA